AUCGUUGCUGUCGACGCCCAACGCAGCCGGACAGAUCGCCGCCGCCGCCGCACUUCGUUUGGAAGAGGGGGUAUGGCUUCCUUGUUUCGACGAUCGUCGAUCAUUCACCAUGUCGCCUCAGCUGUGGCAUCUCCAGCAGGUUUUCGCCGUGCCUUCUCCUCGGCGACGGGAGGUGGCAUUCGACCUGAUCUCAUACGCCGUGAGAUUGACAGGCUUCUGCUCCAGAAAUCACGAUUCGAGGAGGCUGGUAUAUUUUCAGCCAAGGCUAGGACAACGCACACCAACGUGGAGAAAGGACUUGUGUUGUCUGAACGCCUAAAGACUUUGCGCCGAGAGGUAAACAGCAGAGUUAGGCUAAAUUUUGGUGCAAGCAGAUUGCAACCGUGGUGAUCUUCGGGGUGCUGUUCAGGUCGGGGGAAGCGUGAACCAAAUGGUAGACGGAAAACGGUCGGAAGCGACGGAAGUGCUAAAAAGGGAAAUAGAGUGGACUUUGGAUGUUAUCAACGCCGCCCUAUUUAUUUAUGCUUAGGAUUAUCGUAAUAUGUAUUAUAGAAAUAAUCUGAAACAAACAAUUAGACUAUUAUGUUAGCUUAUUAUAAUCUAGAGCACUAAUUACUACUCCCUCCAUUUCAUAAUGUAUGAUGUUUGGUUUUU